GUUAGCAGAGCACAAAAAUAUUUCAAAAAAAGGAAAUAACCUUUACUUUGCCUUUAAAAUGUCUCUGGAAACGAUUCCAAAAGAACUUAGACAACUCAGAGCGUGUUUAUUAUGUUCCUUAGUUAAGACAAUAGAUCAGUUUGAAUUUGAUGGAUGUGAUAACUGUGAGGAAUACAUGGGAAUGAAGAACAACAGAGAUGCUGUGUAUGAAUGCACAAGUUCAAAUUUUGAUGGGAUGAUUGCCAUGAUGGGUCCAGAAGAUAGCUGGGUGGCAAAAUGGCAAAGAAUUUCUAAAUUCACCAAAGGCUGCUAUGCUGUUUCUGUAACUGGAGUAUUACCACCUGGUAUUGUCAGGGAGCUGAAAAGUAAAGGCAUCAUGUACAGACCAAGAGACACGAGCGAGAAAUCAUGAUCUAUAUCUGCACCUUUUGUUUUAAAACUUACUAACUUUCUGAAUGAGCUGCGGUGUGUACCUCAAGCUUGUGAGCUGAGACUAUGUGAAACUACUGGAGUUAUUCUGAAAUGGAGGACAAUCAAAUUUGCUGUCUACAGGUUGAGGAAAGACUUCGUGGAUCAUCAUCAUCAUUGUUGUAAGAUGUAGUAACAUUUCACACCUAAGAGAUAGCCAGGAUAAACUAUUUAACCUUGGACUUGUCUAAGCAGUGUCAUAAUCACCUCUUGUGGUGGAGUGCCCUAUCCAGUGGUGUUAUAAAACUGACAAAAUAUUCUUCAUGGACACGUUGUGCGAAAGAAUCAUCCAUAUGUGACUUGUGUAACAUUCAACAUUCAGUGUAUUAAAAAAACAUAAUUUGUUUUAUCAAA